UUAGCUUUAGCACCGUAACUUUAUUUUCUUUAUUUCUUUAUAUGCAAAUGAACAUAAUAAUACACUGUUGACAAUGUACUGCCGAAAAUUUAUCAAACAAGUCUCAAUAAAUAUUAAAAACAUGAAUAAAAGAGCGGCGGGGAGGGGGGUGCGCUGGGGGUACAUAAGCGUAGUAACAUGUUCCUUACGUAGCUGACCCAGUAGGAAAGGUUGGACCUUGUUUCGGUAUGGCUUCGCUCAAAACGCUCCUGGUUUCCUACAGCAGAGCGUUGACGACUUUAAAACACACGAGUGUCGUUCACGUCAAGAGGACUCUUUACCUGCGGAGAACGCCCCUCUACAGACCAACAGAUGUCAGGUGGCUGGCACAGCGGCAUUCGUCCAGUUCGGUGGCAGUGACCGGAGAAGACAUUUUUCUUAAAUGGUUCCUGCUGCUCAUCCCGGCUACCACCUUUGGCCUAGGUACCUGGCAGGUGAAGCGUCGGAAGUGGAAAUUACAGCUGAUCGACGAGCUGUCCAGACUGACCGCGGCCGAGCCCAUUCCGCUUCCGAUCGACCCCCUGGAGCUGACGAGCCUGGAGUACAGGCGGGUGCGGGUACGCGGCCGCUACGAGCACGACAAGGAGCUGUACGUCCUGCCGCGUUCGCCCGUCGACCCCGAGAAGGAGGCCAGGGAGGCGGGACGCUUGACGUCCAGCGGCGAGACGGGCGCGAACGUGGUCACGCCCUUUCGCUGCACGGACCUCGGCAUCACCAUUCUGGUGAACCGAGGCUACGUCCCCAGGCAGAAGAUCACACCAGAAAGCAGGAUGAAGGGCCAGGUGGACGACGAGGUGGAGGUGGUCGGAGUGGUCCGUCUGACGGAGCCCCGCAAGCCCUUCAUGCCUAAAAACGACCCCGACAGAAACCGAUGGCACUUCCGUGACCUGGAAGCCAUGUCGGACGUGGCGGGAGCUCAACCAAUCUUCAUUGAUGCUGACUUUGCCAGCACCAUCCCUGGCGGGCCAGUCGGCGGGCAGACAAGGGUGACGCUGAGGAAUGAGCACUUGCAGUACAUCAUCACCUGGUACGGCCUGUGUGCGACCACCGCCUACAUGUGGUACGCAAAGUUCAUCAAGAAGAUCAAACUGUAAAAUGCAUCUGCAGAAUUUGUCUUGGUGUCAGUUUUUUUUUUUUUUAAUUAUGUGAUAAAAUUGCUACAAAGCAAAGAAACUUU